GGUAAACUAAUUUAUUUUGGAUCAUGAUGAUGAUGAUAAUAGAAGAGAAAGAGAAGAAAUGCAAUAAACAGAAGGUAUAGUUUGUGAAUGUGCAGAUAAUUGUUAAAUAGGUGUAAAGAUGGGCGAAAGUAUUUGCGUGAAUAUAUCUGGAACUGCAUUCUCCUUGCUGCUGUACGAGAACGUGCGAAGUAAGUACGAUCAAGAGGGAUUCCUGCUUGGCGAUGUCAUCACCAAGGAGAAACGUACCAUCACCGAUAACGACCAGGAGGUUGUUAACAUUGAGAGGAUAGUGAAGAUCAACUCGAUACUGCCACUGCCCAACCUCGCAUACUUCUACGACAACUCUGGCAAUGUGAACAGGGACAAGAUCAAGGAGUUCGUCGGUGAUCAGAUGCCCAGAGUCGUGUCCUGGUUCAAGUUCAAGCACACCACAUCCUUCAAACUCACGCUCAGAGAGAAGAUCGUGUUCAAGCAACUGGCGAAACUGUUCAUGCCCAAAGCCACCGAUCAGUUCACCUGUUUUCUGUUGACCACAGAAAUUAAACCCAACUGCAUUUACCUGUACUCGCAGACGUUCAUCAGGUACGCCAAUCAGAACUUCCAGACUAUGCCCAUGCACAUAAUCAAUUUGAAAGAUCCCAACGAUUUCUACAAGAGCCCCGAAGACUGCUCGGCAACGUUCAAAGGGAUCGUCGAUAAUAUUGACGCAGAUACGAGUUUGGGUUAUUCCGUUGUUAACAAGCUGGAGAAGAAUUUGGACGAUCACAUAAGUAAGGUGAUCGAGAAGCUCGGCGAGGCUGAAAGGGUGAUGUUCCAGCUGGAGGAGGAGGUGAGGGAAUUGAGAAACAAGGAGAUGAUGGACAGUGAGGAUGAGGAACUUGUCGAUGUGUUUGAUAUUCUGGUGAAUCAAGUGACUGAAACGAAUGCGAGCUCUUCGAAGAGCGACUUCAGCUGUGUUUUGAAGAAUAACAACACAUCUGUGCCGAAUUACGCGAAAGCUUUACAGGGCAACAAAACUUAACACACGCCGUUACAUAUUUGUUAGGUGUAUACCAAAGGUUCAAUCUUAUUUUGCAAUUGAAUGCAAUCACUGCUUUCUUCUAAUAACAAUUGUUUAACGCUUUAUUUAUAUUAUUGUUUUUUUUUUUGUAUCUUUUAUUUCGAGGACGUUGUAGGAUGUUGUUUACUCAUCUUUACUGAACACAUUUCUUUGUUAAUUAAAUUUAUAUGAUUUUUAUUUUAUCGAUUGUUUCGUUUCGUCUUCACGUGGACUCGAUUUCAUCUCCACUAUAAACUCUGUUAUUUCCAAGACAAUUUGUCUUUUUAUUAAGUAAAGUUAUUAAGGAUAUGUGUUAUAAUAUUAAUAUAUAACA